AUGGGAUCUGAGGAGGAAGUUUGGACACUAUGCAGAAUAUUCAAGAGGACUUCCAAUUACAAGAGAUUCACACCAGAUUGGAAGCAGCCCAUUAUUGAACAAAGUUUUGGUGAUGCAAGUUCUAAAGCAUGCAGUCUUCAAUCUGAAACAAGUGAUAAUCACUCUAUUAAUAUCAACUUCAAGAAGAUGGAAUUUCCACAUAAGAACAAUAAUACAGCAAUUGGAGGAAAUUAUCAAGUUGAUCAAAGAACCACUGAUUACAAUAAUAGCCAACCAAUAAUUACCAUGCCACAAUCUUCAAUCACAUCAUCAAACUCAAGCUUUUGGAAUACAAGUGCUGAAGAGCAGUAUUUGUUUAGUGAUGGAAACUGGGAUGAACUUAAAUCGGUUGUUGAUUUAGCUAUUGAUCCUCGUAGUCUUUUUGGAUUUAGAUAA